UAUCACAGUUUGAGAGAGAGAGAGAGAGAGAGAGCGAGAGGAGAGGAGAGAGAGCCCGACGGUCUAAUCCUCUUUUUUCUUUUCUUUUUUUCUAGGGUUUCUGAGCACAGACGAUUUUCUUGUGCUCUUGUUUUCUUUGCUUCUCCGCCACCACGACGCCGUUUCGCUCAGGUUUAUGCGGUGGCGGAGACAAUGGAGAAGAUAGAGGCAGAAUUGAAGGAGGCGGAGACGAAGCAGAGGAGUCUGAGCAAGGCGUACGAGUGCAUACACGCGCAGGCAACAGCGCUUAUUAUCUUCGCCGUGCAAUGGAAGGACCUGGAGGAGCACUUUGAGUCGACUCGGUACUCGCUCGAGUCGCGAUUCCGGGAACUCGCCCACCGCGAGACGGUGGUCCGUGUGCGGGACGAGGAGUUGGCGGCGAAGGAGAUGAAGUUCAACUCGGAAGUUGAAUCGAAAGCGGACGAGUUGGGUAGGAUUCAGAGUCUGAUCGACGAGAAGGCUGAGGAGGUUAUACAGAGUAAGAACCACUUGUAUUCUCUCCAGUCUUUGAUUCUGGAACAUAAUAAUGAGGUUAUGGUGCAAGAAAAGAGGUUGAUGGAGGUUGAGAGUUUUGUUGGGGAGAAGAAGAGGGAGUGCGAUUCGAUUGAGAGACGGGUUAAGGAGCGGAUGAAGAAGUUGAAUUGGGUUGAGAGAAUGGUGGACGAGAAGUCGAAAUUGACUGAGUUGAAGGCGGAGAAAGUGCGGGGUUUUGAAGAGGCGUUGGAGAAGUGUGUAGAGAAGACUGAGUUGAAGGAGAGGGAGUUGAAUGAGAUUAUCGGGUCGAUUGAGGAGCGCAAGGAGGAGUUCAGUUGGAUAGGAGAGCAGAUUUUGGAGGCGGAAAAGUUGAUUAAGGUGCAAGAGGAGCAGUUGGAUUUGAAAGAAGAGAAAUUUAAGGAGGCGCAAAAGGCGGUUGAAGAGUGUGACAAAGAGUUGAAAUUAAGAGAGGAGCGGAUUAAGGAGGCGGAAAGGGCGGUUGAAGAAUGUGACAAGGAG